UCGGCUUCUCCAUCCUCUUUGCUCGAGAGCCGAGCGGCAGCGGCUCGGCCACAGAUGUUCCCCUGAUUCACGGCUGAUGCUCGGAGGGAAGAAGAGACCAGAGAGCUGCCAGGAGCUGGAGACCUGUCCUGUGACCACAGGCGAGCUACUGUCAGAGAGGAUGUUCUCGUCCUCGUCCAGAAACUCUCUGUUCUCGCCCUGGUCGUCCAUGGAGCAGUCGGACAGCGAAGGGCUGGACAUCAGCACCAAAGUGCAGCUGCACGGCGUCCUGUGGAAGAGGCCUUUCGGACGCCCGUCGGCCAAGUGGUCCCGCAGGUUCUUCAUCAUCAAAGACAGUUUCCUGCUCUACUACGCCGAGAGCGAGAAGAGGAGCUUCGACAGCAACAGAUACUUCAACAUCCACCCAAAGGGCGUGAUCCCUCUGGGAGGAUGUGUGGUGUCGGCUCAUGAGAACAUGGGGAUGCCGUUUGCCGUCGUCAUCAACCUGGAGGAUUUCACUGGAACCAUCGUCCUGGCUGCGGAGUCUGAGGAGGAGCAGCUCCAGUGGAUGGAGAUGCUCCAGGAGUCGGGGAAAGUCACGUGGAGGAACUCUCAGCUGGGCGAGGCCAUGAUCGAGAGUCUGGAGGCUCAGGGGCUGCAGCUGGCCAAGGAGAAGCAGGAGUAUCUGGAUAAACUGAUGGAAGAAACCGAGGAGCUCAGUCAUCAGCGGGCGCAGACAGAAGAGCUGGAGCGUCUGAACCAGGUCCUGGAGGAGGAGAAGAUGAAGUUUGAGGAGGUGGUUCUGGAGCUGAAGUCCGAACAGGAGCAAAUCAAACAAGACCUGGACGGAACCACUCAGUCCCUGAAAGGAGUCGAGAGCGAGAAGGAGGAGCUGAGCAGCUUGACUGUGAUGCUGCAGAAAUCCAUCGAGGAGCUGUCUCAGGAGAAGCAGAGAACCCUUGAGCUCCUGGGGGUGAAGGAGCAGGAGCAGGCAGAGGAGGAGAAAGAGGAGGAGGAGGGGGAGAGCUCCUGCAGGAAGUCGCCUGAGGAUGGAGAGGAGCUCGGGGACGGGGAUCUGCUGAAGGACCUGCGACACAUCGAGGAGCAGAUGAAGCUCCUGCUGAAGGAGAAGGAGCAGGCCGACGAGAAGCUGAGGGAGAACGACCAGCGAGCUAAAGACCUGCAGCAGGAGAGAGAGUUCUACUCGUCUCAGGCCCGGACGCUGCAGCAGUCGCUCUCUCAGCUCACUGUGGACAAACAGCAGACUGAGGCCGAGCUCAAGGGGGAGAUCGAGUCUCGGGUGGAGCUGGAGCAGAAGCUGAAGCAGGCGGAGGAGGCUCUGCAGGAUCUGGAGAAAGGCCUGAACUCACUGGAACGAACCAAAGAGCGAGACGAGAAGAUGAAGGGGGACGUGACUCAUCUGAGGAAGUUCUUCGAGGAGUGUAUCUGUGCAGCAGAGAUCGAGGCGAAGCUUCCAGCGAUCAUGAAGAACGCUGUGUAUCUCCACAAAGCUGCCGCUCGCAGGAUCAAGAGCUGCCGCAUCCAGAGGAGAGCGUCCAGACGCCACUGGUUGAAACACUCGCAGUCGUUCGCCGUCACCAGCACUGCCGGCGGCAGCAUGGAGGAUCUGAGGGAGACGGCCCGGCGCCUGACCUCCGACAGCAGCUUCAGACAGAGCGUCUACAAGAUCAUCACUCGCAAGGACGCCUCAAACACCUGAGAGGAGGGAGGGCGAGGUACCGCAGGAGAGAAGGUCCCGAGCUUUACCUCCUCACAGUCAGUGAAGUAGAGAUCCUCAUCCCAAACCCCCCCCCAUCACACAGAGGAACACACAGAAAUCAGUUUGAUCCAAAGUCAUAACAAAUUCUACUGAGUGCAUCAAAAUAAACCUGAUAUUCAGUUUGUAAAAAAUCUCUUCAUGGACGUGGACAGAACCACAGAAUCUUUAAGUCCAGAGGAAUGUGGACAGAAGACGUUUCUGUAGCAGAGUUGAUGAGUUUUCAAACAAAAACAUGUGGAUGAAGCCUAAAACUAUUUAAAACCGAGGGGGCUGUUAGAAACUAUUUCAUAAAAUAAAAACUUUUCAUCUUUUACGUCAUCAGGAGUCUGACAACAAAUCCUAACUUUGUCUGCAACAUAAAUAAACAUCAAAUCAAUUCUAUCCAUCAUCUUAUUACUAACUAAUUACUUGAAAAAAAACAAAAGUGAAAGAACUGAUUUUUAGUUCCUGUUGUUCUGUCGUCCAUGAAACAGUUUGACUGUUGAAAAAUAGAUUUUACAAAAGCAGUGUCCUCAUCAAACAAGUGAAUAACACUUAACCAAGUAUAUUUACUCAGGUAUUGUACUUGAGGUACUUAAACCUGAAGCCACGACUUAUUUCAAGAACAUGUAAAGAGAUUUACCCUCUAAACUUCUCAGAUGGUUUCAUUUAAAGACUUUUAACAGCUAACGUGUUCAAUAUUUCACAAAGAUGAGAGAAAAUGAAAAUGUUUUGAUAAAAACUGAACUUUUAGUGAAGUAAAACAAGAUCAAAUGAGCUCGUGUAAAGAAGUUACCUGACGUUCAACACACUGUAGCACAUGAAGAGAUGAUAGUGUAGAAACCUCACUGGUGUUUAACAAGCCGUCUGUGUGACUGUAGCCUCGCACCUUCACUUUCUAGAGUUUUCAUCACUUUCUAAAAUGCAGUCUCUGAGUUUUCAGGCGAAUAUAAAAUCAGUACAAGUAUAAAAUAUUAUAAAAUAUUUACAGGUUGAUUAGCAGAUAGAAAAGAUGAUGCACGUCCAUCUUGAAAAAAUGUUUGUUUUUAUUCUUCUCGUUUGUCCAGAUGUGAGUUAACAGAGCGUUCAUGACAACAAUGAUCUCAGACGUGUCUGAUUUUAAAACGUUUCAUUAUUGCUACAUAUGAAAAUCUGUUACUGUCGAAGCAACUCAAUGUAAUUUAACAGAAGCAAGCAGAUGAUGAUAAUGUACAGAUGUGAAGCGACCUGACAGCAGAACGAGGGAGGAGUAAAGGAAGAGGGUCAUUGAAAGGACUGAGCAACAUGCCUUGAUGCUAAUAAAGCUGAGUUUGAACCUUG